AUGUUACAACUCAUGAGAAACUUGACUGACAAGCGUGACUGGAAUAUCGACGUAUUCAACGAUGAGAUUGUUGCAAAGUGGCGCGAAGAGGCAUUUAAGGCCCAAGACGGCGCCGAAAUUGCGCUCGUUUCUGACUCUCUCCGUCUUGCACUGAAGAAUGGCAUUGCCCAGAUGAUCAAGAAGUUGCAUUCGGAUCAAGAUCAAACGCUGUUGAACCCUUCGCUGUUCCCCUUAGUAUUCGGAAAGACGUUGGCAUUAACGGAGGGCUGA